UGUAACUUUCAUAUCGAAUAGCUGUGAGUCCUUAUGUGCAUCAAAUCCUUAGAAAAUAAGCAUAUGUGCCUAUUCUGGAGGUAAAAGGCGGAAAUCAAUACCUGUACAGCUUAUCAGACAAAGGUUCGUGCGGCCGGCCGAAGGUAGUGUGUCGGGCUGCCGGCAGAGGGACGAGGGUCGGAAUAUUUUUGAGCAAAAAAUUAUCUAAAUAAAAUUCGAAAGGCGCCAUAGUGACUGGGUUCAAGGUAAGGGGAGGACGUAGGAGUCGUUUUGGAUCGCGCCUGUACCACAAGAGACGGGGAAAACAGUGAUAAUAACGGUGAAAUCAGUGUUUGGGAGGAAGGUAAUCUUGACCCUCCUUACAACUCGACCCAAAAACAAAAAAAAGAAAAAAAGAAUUAACAGGAAAAUGAAAGCACACUCGACGAUUAAUCGAAUUUGAGGGAGGAGGAGAGAGUCUUGGCUCGACCACUGCAGUAGACCCGCUAUUUAUGUCUCCUAAGUCAAGUGGAGCACCAUGGGGAAGGGGUGACACACCACUCAUAUCUGGGAUCUUAAGAAUGUGAAGCAGCUGGGGAACAUGAGCAUCAGAGAGGGUAAAGCUGGGAGGCGGAGCGAUUCUGUGUGGUCUCACUUUACCAAACGCUGGACUGAUGAAAAGCAUUAUGUUGUGAUUUGUAUUCACUGUAAGCAGAGGGUUAGUGCAAAAGUUGACAGGCUGAGGAGACACUUGCGGAAGUGUAUCUCGUGUUACAUUAUCCCAAAACCUGACAUUGAGGGAAUGGAGGACUGUCUGUUGGCCGGCUCUAGUGAUCCUCAGCCAAUAGCCUCUGAGUGUCCCUCUGUAGACGCUUCCUCCUCCGGGCUUUCUCCUCCAUGGAAAGUGGAGAAUGUCCUUAUUGAUAGUAAGGAUUCUCCUCACUCCCCGUCCGCAAUGGCGAACCAGCAGUACUGCCUCAAGUGGAACAACCAUCAGUCAAACCUGCUACGAGCCUUUGACCGCUUGUUGCAGUCCGAGUCGUUCACUGAUGUGACGCUGGCUUGCGAGGGCAAGUCUCUGCGGGCACACAAGGUUGUACUGUCAGCAUGCAGUAGCUACUUUGAGCAGUUGUUUGAGGAACAUCCAGAUAAAUCUCCCAUCAUAAUCUUGAAAGACAUGAAGUUCACACACGUCUCACAGUUGGUGAAUUUCAUGUACCGGGGAGAAAUCAAUAUUACCCAGGACAUGUUGUCAGGCCUCCUAAAAACUGCUGAGACCCUGAAGGUAAAAGGUCUAGCAGAGGUGUCUGGGGACCAACCAAUACCACAGACAGCAAACCCAGUCCCACCCAUCCUACGGCUUGGGGCUACCAUACCCCAGAUGAUGCCUCCCACCUCCUCCCCUCUCACCACAGCCCUCAAUGCACCACUGGUCACACCUCCCACCCUGGCCCCCCUUGCAGCACUGCUCAAUCCAGAGGCAUUGGUGCAUUUUCAGGGUCUAGGCCUGGAUGAACGGCGUGCAAACCUUCUCAAGAGAAUGAGCCAGGAACAUGAGGCAGGAGUGGCUGGUGUUAGCAGUGGUGCAGCAGUACCAAGUGCAGGUCUUAGUGGAGGUGGGGGUGCCUCUACCCAUGAACCACCUCUAAAGAUGCCACGUCAUGAACGGGAGGAAGAGAAUGACAGCCAUCAGCAACAGCAGCAACAACAGAAACAGCAACAGCAGCAACAGCAGCAGCAACAGCAACAACAACAGCAACAACAACAGCAGCAGCUUCCCCACUCCUCAUUGUUUAUGAGUCCACAGGAUAAGAUUCCCACUACCAGCUCCUCCAUGCAGAAUGUACUCACUCCCAUUCCCCAAGAACUGACCGUCAACGCCCGCCAAGAGUUACCGGACUUCUUGAAGUCCUACACCGUCUUCAAGCUGAACGACUAUCUCGGAUUCCGCACACGGCAGCAGUUCUGGGAGGAACCUGCUGUUAGACGCAUCCUGGAGGGGAUCAAGAACAAAGAAAUUGAUAUGAAAAGUGCAGCUGAACUUCUCGGUGUGUCGUAUGGGACCUUGUAUGGGCGGUAUCGAGAAGUCUUUGGGUAUCUCAAACAUUCUUGGGUGAACAAGCAGGGACGAGGUAGUGGAACACCCCAGAAGGAGCGAUCCAUAUGGGAGGAAGCCCGGGCACAGGAGCUCAUCCAGAGAGUACUCAACAAGGAGCUCUCCUUGACAGCUGCAGCAGUGAGGCUGGGGGUGGACACAAACACCUUCUUUGCCCACCUUACUGAUAAUGGGAAGAACAAGGGGAGGAUGGCACUUCUUCUUGGCACUGAUGGUACCACCACAACCACAACCACAACACCCACAACAACCACAGCCAAUGACUCCACAGUAGCUGCCACCAACGCCAACACUAACCACAGUGAAGACUCAGCAAAUGCCUCUUUGGUGGAUCCUAUUGGUGAGGAUUCAAACCCCUCAGGUAACAAUGUUGGUGGGGGCCAAGGAAGUGAUGACAGCAAUGCAGAGAGUCUGGCAGACAACAUGGAAGUGGAAGUUAAUGGGGAAAAAGGAGACAAUGAGGAGUCAGAGAUGGACAAUUCAAGAGAAAUGAGAACCACUAUGGAUCUUCAGGAAAAUACAGGUGAGGAUCCCCAGGAGACCUCACCCCACAACACAGAAACCUUCCAGUCCAUAGUUGAGGAUGAUGGAAAUGUAUAUGCUGAUGCCUCUUAAGGUGUGGAGUCAAUUUUAUGACUGCAGUCUUGUUUUAGAUUGAGUUUGAAAUUAAUCAAGCACAAUUCACCCUCCCCUUCCACUUACUUACCACUGCUAUAUGGCAUAAGACAGAAGUUGGAGAAUGUGAUGUAUUGUAAUCAUAUACUGUCUGUGGUCCACAGAUGUUUGUGGUAUAGUGAUUCAAGUUAGGAGUGUGUUUGAUGCUGGAAUGGCUGAACUGGAAAUGUAUGAUACCAAAUGUGUGUGAUAAGAAGUUAGCAAAGGAAAUGAUGAAUAAGAAAAGAUAAAGGAACAGUGUAUGAUUUCUCAAGGAUGGUCUUUGUCUAAAUAAUUGUUUGUUCUUUGGCAUGUGCUGCCAAGGAAGAAGAGCAAGUUGCAUAUCUUUAUUUUGGGCUCAAGAUACUGUAUGUCAUGAGAAGCUCAGAGGCAUUAUCCUCACGCCAUAGCGUUUGAUAUGGUACAAGUAAUGGUACAACAAGGCUAAGGAUUUUUAUUCAGUAUGGUAGAAAUAGUUUUAUCAAAGUGAUGUAGACACUGUAAAAGGUACCUCAACUACAGUGAGUUGGCAAGUAAGCUUGUGUUUUGAAGUGUGGCUCCAGUAUGGUUUUCUUGCUCUAGUAAGGGCAAUUCAACUAAAUGUGUUGAAGUGCCAUGAUUAUUUUCUACUUUCCCAGAAUGAUGUGUGUUGUAGAGACCGCAUUUUUAUAUUGUGAUAACGUACAUGGACCUACAUCAGAUGUUAUUUAGAUGUUACAGUUUUCCCUAAAUAAUAUAUUAAUUUCAAAAGAAUAAAACCUGCCUAUUUAACUGUAUUGAUAGUUCAUUCUUUGAAAAAUUAAGUGUAAAGUGAUGUUUUUCUGCAUGAUGUAUUUUUUCCAAGGUUUCUGUAUCAAAGGUUAUUCUGCUUACAUUGAGCAGCUUAUGCAACAUGGCUUUGACAAGUAGGUCAAAGAAAGUGGCAAUAUUAUGUGAACCCCAAAGAUUUAUCUAAAGGAUUCUUAUCUAAGCAUGCCAUUUAAUGGUUCAAGCCUUAUAUAAGGAUGCCAGUUAUAUUAACUUCAGAAUUUUAUAGUGGUGUUUACUGUUGCUGGUAUUCAUAGGGUAUUUAUAAUAUAAUUGUGAAUUAGUUGGUAAAAAGCAAAACAACCAUGAUAUUGGUAUUUUCAGUUUAUCUUUUUUAUAUUAGUUUUCUUUUACUUUAUUUUUGUUUAAUUUUGUUUUUUUAAUUUACUUAUUUUAUUUUAAAAUUAACAUCUAUAUACCUGACAGGAAUCAGACCUUCAUUUUGGUUGUAAGAGAAUGUCACCUGUUGUGUGAAAGACUGAGGCAAAUAAGGUCUUAAUUAUCCCUUAAAGCAGAGUUAGUACCUCAUCUUUGAUUUCAGCUAUAGAUAUGGACUUAUCAUUGUUGUAGGUUUCUGAUAUUUUAGUGUUUAUUAAUGAAGGGAGGUGAGUUGGGGCAAACUCUUUGGCUACUUGACGUACUGAAGUCGCUUGUUGUUUAGAAAAAAAUUCUGACAGCCAUGAAGUUUGUAGCAUAGUAUGUAAUUACUUAUCACAUUGUACGUAAUGCUGGAGUGCAUAUUUUUACAGGGAUGGGCUUAGCUGAUCCCAUAGUUUGAUAAGAAUUAUGAAGCAUGGGUUUGCAUGUAUGCACUGUGUUAGUAGUUGUGCAUUCAUAGUUGUUGUUUCUAUGUUGACAUGUAUUGAUUGUUACCACUACUCUUUUGCCUAACCACCAAGAUUUUCUCUCGAGUGUUAUCUGCUUCACUCAAGGCGUCAGUCUAUCUGACAUUCCAUGGGCGGGGCACACAGGCUACGUAAGAUAGAGGCAGGUGUGGUUGUUUGUUAUGGGAAGCACAGGCUUGUUUCCAAAGAUUGUUUUUCUAGCAUUGAAAAUGUGUUUGUGAGAUGGUUUGGCCUUUAUGAAGGGGAUAAUUUAUAAAAGAUACAAAGGUUUUGUACUUGCAACUUAACGUCUCUGCCAGCAUAGAAUUUGAUAUUCUCUUUAUUUGUCUGUUUACGUCCACAAAGACAGAUUGUUUAUGAGAACAAUCAUCAUGUGCAUGUAAAGCCUGUAGAUGUUUCAAAGUACGGUACAGUGAACACAUGCAAAAAACACUUGAGAACAAAUGCUUUGCUGACCAUGUGAUGAGAUGGCCAUCAAAACCAGUGAUUGAACCUCUUUUUUCAUCUCUCUGUUCCAAAGAAAAUCAAAACAUUUUGUUAUAUUGUGCCCAAUUCACUUCACAUUUACUCUAAUGUAGUUUGGUUCAUUUGCUCAUUAUUGAUAGUUUUUUUUUAAUAAUUAGGUUAACAUAUGAAGCAUUAUACUUAACCUAUUUUAUUGUCCAAGAUUUGUGAUGCUUUGCCAGUUUCAUAGUCAUGAGCACAAGGAUUUAUCAUUGUUCACAUUUCUCUUAAGGGGGUUUUCAGAUAGAUUGUAGAGGAAAGUGACUGAUAUUCAGACAGCUAGGAGGGCGUGCAUAGAAGGCUAGUCUGCAUGACCACAUGUGACCCAUUGAAGUUCUCGAGUUUUAUUUAAGGAAAGCUUCAUGGGCUCCUUGAUUGUACAAGUACACUCAGACUGUUGGAUGAACUGUGUUUGCCUCAUCAAAGAUGAUUUAUCUCUUUAUUCUAGGUAUAGUUCAUGUUUGCAGUUAUUUUGUAUCCAGACUUUUCUCUCCACACAGAAAGGUUCGUUGUUAAAGGUGUGCCUGGUGCGUACAAAUUUUAAAAAUUUCUCAUCUACUUCAGUGUGUUUGUAAGUAUUGUGUAUUUUUUGCUAUUCAGAGUUUGUCUGUCUGUGGGAUUCUUUUAAGGAAAGGAUUAUGUAGAUGAUGCAUUUUGUUUAAAUUAUCCUUUAUAUGUGCUAAUAUUGGGUUCAGUCCAUUAUAAUUGCGUGAUAUGAAUUUGUCAUAUGAUAAUAUAGGUUCCAUUGAUAUAAUCAGUUUGACUUAUGAUACCUUAAUUAUUUAAUAACCAAAUGGAGAGUGAAGACCUUUUGAUACAAAAUUUUGCUCCAUUUUUCAUUGAUUAGCUCAAUAAAAAAAAUAAAUAAAAAAAUAGAUAAUCACUGUAUUAGAUACAAUUAUCAUAAAGCUUUUAGGACCAAAGGUAAUGAGCUGCCAUUUUCAAUGUAACCUAUCAGUCAUUUAUUCUCCAAAGUGGCCUUAAACAAGGGGUGUGAGAUAAGCAACACACCAAAGCACGUUCCAGAAAACACAGCAACGAGCCUUCUCUCUCUAUCUCUGUCUCUCACAUUUUCACUAUGUAGUAGUAGUGUAAGAUGCUUUGUUUAACGUGUGGCACACCACCUUGAUUAAGUUGGUUAGUUCUAUUAAGGCUUAUUUGCCAUCUAGUUAGUUGGAUAAAUAACUCUUUUCAGAACUAAUGUACCUAAUUUAAAUUUAGUGGUCUUGGUAAAUGCUAUAUAUAUACGUAUAUAUAUUGUAUAUCUUUUUCUAUUACAGUGUAAGUCAAUGUUCAUACACUUCAGAAUGCCUUGUUCCUUAGGGUGCCUUAAAGCAUAUUGUAUAUUACUAUUUUUUGUAACAUAACUGGGACACCUUGAGGUAAACAAUGGGUAAUUAAGGCCUAAUUAGCCAUUAGGUAUGUAUAACAAUAUAAUUACAGGAAUGCAAGUGUAUCACAUAGUCACUAAUUCUAUUAUUAUUUUGUACUAUGCUGAUUUCUCAAGUUUAACAACUGUGAACUCUUUACCAAAGUAUUAAUAUUUAAUUAUCAUUUUACUCUAGCUUUAUGAAUAACUGUGGCCAUUAUUAUUAAAUUUAUAUAUAUAUAUAUAUAUAUAUAUAUAUAUAUAUAUAUAUAUAUAUAUAUAUAUAUAUAUAUAUAUAUAUAUAUAUAUAUAUAUAUCAUAUAUACAUAUAUAUAAAUAUAUGUAUGAUUACACAGUCUUUACAUUUGUUUUAUUUUAAAUUGAUCACAUUGGUAUUUCACAUAUCAACUGUAGUAACCAUUAAGUAUUUUUAAACCUGCUUUAUAACUAAUUCCAUUUCAGGGAUGAGCUCUUAUGGAUAGUAUGUCUUGAGUUACAGUAUUUUAACAGCUAGAAAGGAUGGUUUGGCAUCAAGCUCAUUGUCAAGAUAGUGUUGGAAGAAGGAAUGCAGAGUAAUUAGAUGUGACCCUUAAACAUACAGUAGUAAAAAUCGAACAUGGAACAUGAAAUUUUGGAUUGUGGAACUCUUACAACAGCUUCUGAAUCCUUUGCUUCUCUGUGCCGAAGUUUCAGAAAGUUGAGGCUGUCUGUCACCCUGUAGGAAGUUGAAGGUAGUGUUGUGAAGCCUUGCAGCUCUCUGUUUACCACUCAUGUCAGUGUCAACCAGUUCACCAGUCUUGUAUUAAGGUGUUUCAUGUUCGUUUUUUCUUUUCUUUUCUUUCUUUUUUUUUUUUUUUUUUUUUUUUUCCUCAAUUUUUUUUAUAUAAAACAUUUUAUUUUUGACCCAAUUAUGAAACUUAAGCCAUGUACAUAUAUUUUUUGUCUUGAAAGCCCACUAUCAUCUUUGGGUAUAAGGGUCAUAUAUAUUAAGUUUAUAAUUUUUUAUAUGUAUGCAUAUAAAUCAAUAAAAUUAUGAUAAAUUUA